UACUAAUAGCAAUUUUCGAACACCCACUGUCGUUCCUUUUCCACCUCUCAGUCACUCAACUCUGUUUGUUUUAUCUCUCACUCAUAAACCCUAGAACUUACAAAUCCUUCUGCAGAGAGCCCUACAAAGCUCUUCGUUUAAUCCACGCACGACAUGCUCUGAAACUAGUUGCAAUCAUUUACACUACGCUGCUUCAUCCAAUUUCCGAAGCUUCAAGCUCCGACAGAGUAAUCAUUUCAAGAUGUGGAACAACGGGCAGAUUGUGCCGCCAGGAACUUCCGUUCCCCCUAUUCCUCCACCUCCGACCGCGCAACCCUCGUACACGGUGCUUCCACCGCCGCCUCCACCUCCCGCGCCUAUGGAGACCGAGGCCGAUGCGGAGGCGCGGCUCGAGGAGAAGGCUAGAAAAUGGCAACAGCUCAAUUCGAAGCGGUACAGUGACAAGAGGAAAUUCGGAUUUGUCGAGACGCAGAAAGAAGACAUGCCUCCUGAACAUGUCAGGAAAAUCAUCAGGGAUCAUGGCGACAUGUCCUCAAAGAAAUAUCGUCAUGACAAACGUGUCUAUCUUGGAGCUCUUAAAUUCAUACCCCACGCUGUUUACAAGCUCCUGGAAAAUAUGCCUAUGCCAUGGGAGCAGGUUCGAGAUGUGAAGGUCUUGUACCAUAUUUCUGGGGCUAUAACAUUUGUUAAUGAAAUACCAUGGGUUGUUGAGCCUAUUUAUCUUGCUCAGUGGGGUACCAUGUGGAUCAUGAUGAGAAGAGAGAAAAGGGAUCGUCGCCAUUUUAAGAGGAUGCGGUUUCCCCCAUUUGAUGAUGAGGAGCCUCCUCUAGACUAUGCCGAUAAUCUUUUAGAUGUUGAUCCUCUAGAGCCUAUUCAACUGGAGCUAGAUGAAGAGGAAGAUUCUGCUGUGUAUACUUGGUUUUAUGACCAUAAGCCCCUUGUGAAAACAAAACUUAUAAAUGGUCCUAGUUACCGGAAAUGGCAUCUCUCCCUCCCUAUAAUGGCAACUCUGCAUCGACUAGCUGGCCAACUUCUGUCCGAUUUAAUUGACCGCAAUUAUUUCUACUUGUUUGACAUGGAGUCAUUUUUUACAGCAAAGGCUUUGAACAUGUGCAUACCUGGUGGACCUAAAUUUGAACCUCUCUACCGUGAUAUGGAGAAGGGAGAUGAGGACUGGAAUGAGUUUAAUGACAUCAAUAAGCUCAUUAUAAGGUCACCUCUUCGGACAGAGUAUAGAAUUGCUUUUCCUCACCUUUAUAACAAUAGGCCUCGCAAAGUAAAGCUUUGUAUCUACCAUACUCCCAUGAUCAUGUACAUAAAAGCUGAAGAUCCUGAUCUACCUGCAUUUUACUAUGACCCCUUGAUACACCCAAUAACCAGUGCGAACAAGCGUGAGAAGAGAGUUUAUGAAGAGGAUGAUGAUGAUGAUUGGAUAUUACCAGAUGGUGUGGAGCCUUUGCUUAAAGAUACACAACUUUAUACAGACACUACAGCUGCUGGAGUCUCCUUGCUGUUUGCUCCUCGUCCUUUUAAUAUGAGAUCUGGUCGGAUGAGGCGGUCAGAGGAUAUUCCUCUCGUGUCAGAGUGGUACAAGGAGCAUUGUCCUCCGUCAUAUCCAGUCAAAGUUCGGGUUAGUUAUCAAAAGUUGUUGAAAUGUUUUGUGUUGAAUGAGCUGCAUCAUAGACCUCCUAAGGCUCAAAAAAAGAAGCACUUAUUCCGUUCCCUCCAAGCAACCAAGUUUUUCCAAACCACAGAACUUGAUUGGGUAGAGGCAGGUCUUCAAGUUUGUAGGCAGGGGUAUAACAUGCUAAAUCUGUUAAUACACAGGAAAAAUUUGAACUACCUUCACCUUGAUUAUAAUUUUAAUCUAAAGCCUGUGAAAACCUUGACUACGAAAGAGCGGAAGAAAUCACGUUUUGGCAAUGCUUUCCAUCUAUGUCGUGAGAUCCUCCGUCUGACUAAACUCGUGGUUGAUGCCAAUGUUCAGUUCCGAUUGGGGAAUGUGGAUGCUUUCCAGCUGGCAGAUGGUCUGCAGUAUACUUUUUCGCAUGUUGGACAAUUGACUGGUAUGUAUCGGUAUAAGUACAGGCUUAUGAGGCAAAUAAGAAUGUGCAAGGAUUUGAAGCACUUGAUUUACUAUCGUUUUAAUACGGGGCCUGUUGGAAAGGGACCUGGAUGUGGGUUUUGGGCGCCAAUGUGGAGGGUUUGGCUAUUUUUUCUUCGUGGUAUUGUGCCUCUUCUUGAACGAUGGCUGGGCAAUUUACUUGCACGCCAGUUUGAGGGGCGUCACUCAAAAGGCGUGGCAAAGACUGUCACUAAACAGCGUGUCGAGAGCCACUUUGACUUGGAGCUUCGGGCAGCAGUUAUGCAUGAUGUGCUUGAUGCCAUGCCAGAGGGUAUAAAGCAAAACAAGGCAAGAACCAUCUUGCAGCAUUUGAGUGAGGCUUGGCGAUGCUGGAAGGCAAAUAUUCCCUGGAAGGUUCCUGGUCUGCCUGUUCCAAUUGAGAACAUGAUUCUUCGAUAUGUGAAAUCAAAAGCAGACUGGUGGACAAAUGUUGCACAUUAUAAUCGAGAGCGAAUAAGAAGAGGUGCAACUGUGGAUAAGACUGUCUGUCGAAAGAAUCUUGGAAGAUUGACACGCCUCUGGCUGAAGGCGGAGCAGGAACGUCAGCACAAUUAUUUGAAAGAUGGUCCGUAUGUUACUCCUGAAGAAGCAGUUGCAAUCUAUACAACAACUGUACAUUGGCUGGAAUCUAGGAAGUUCUCCCCUAUUCCAUUUCCACCUUUAUCAUACAAGCAUGACACCAAGCUGCUUAUCCUUGCACUCGAGAGGUUGAAAGAAUCCUAUAGUGUUGCAGUGAGGUUAAAUCAACUGCAAAGAGAAGAGCUGGGGCUGAUUGAACAGGCUUAUGACAAUCCCCACGAGGCAUUAUCAAGAAUAAAACGGCACCUGCUCACACAGCGUGCCUUCAAAGAAGUUGGGAUAGAAUUUAUGGAUUUAUAUAGCUACUUGAUUCCAGUUUAUGAGAUAGAGCCUCUUGAGAAAAUUACAGAUGCAUAUCUCGAUCAAUACCUGUGGUAUGAAGGUGACAAACGUCAUCUCUUUCCGAACUGGAUCAAGCCAGCAGAUUCAGAGCCACCUCCCCUUUUGGUUUACAAAUGGUGUCAAGGUAUAAACAAUUUGCAAGGUAUUUGGGACACAAGUGAUGGUCAGUGUGUUGUGAUGCUGCAAACUAAGUUUGAGAAAUUCUUUGAGAAGAUUGAUUUAACGAUGCUGAACAGGCUUUUGCGGCUGGUUUUGGACCAUAAUAUUGCUGAUUAUGUCACUGCAAAGAACAAUGUUGUGUUGUCAUACAAGGAUAUGAGCCAUACAAAUUCAUAUGGUCUUAUCCGUGGCCUUCAGUUUGCUUCAUUUGUAGUUCAGUAUUAUGGAUUGGUAUUAGAUCUUUUGCUUCUUGGGUUGACUCGAGCCAGCGAGAUUGCUGGCCCACCACAGAUGCCAAACGAAUUCAUUACUUACUGGGACACAAAAGUUGAGACUAGGCAUCCAAUCAGGCUUUAUUCUAGGUAUAUAGAUCGGGUUCAUAUAUUAUUUCGCUUCACCCAUGAGGAGGCUCGAGACCUCAUUCAGCGCUAUCUGACUGAGCACCCUGAUCCUAACAAUGAGAACAUGGUGGGCUACAAUAAUAAGAAGUGCUGGCCAAGAGAUGCUAGAAUGAGGCUCAUGAAGCAUGAUGUCAAUCUUGGGAGGAGUGUCUUUUGGGAUAUGAAGAAUCGUCUUCCUAGAAGUAUCACAACAUUGGAAUGGGAGAACAGCUUUGUUUCUGUUUACAGCAAGGAUAAUCCAAACUUGCUUUUCAGCAUGUGUGGGUUUGAAGUAAGGAUACUUCCUAAAAUUAGAAUGACUCAAGAAGCAUUCAGUAACACAAGAGAUGGUGUCUGGAAUCUCCAGAAUGAACAGACGAAAGAAAGGACAGCUGUUGCUUUCUUACGGGUUGAUGAUGAACACAUGAAAGUAUUUGAGAAUCGUGUGAGACAGAUUCUUAUGUCUUCUGGUUCCACUACAUUCACAAAAAUUGUAAAUAAGUGGAAUACAGCUUUAAUUGGACUCAUGACCUAUUUUCGGGAGGCAACUGUACAUACCCAAGAGCUGUUAGAUUUGCUAGUUAAAUGUGAAAAUAAAAUUCAGACUCGCAUUAAGAUUGGGCUGAACUCAAAGAUGCCUAGCAGGUUCCCACCUGUCAUUUUCUACACUCCUAAAGAAAUAGGAGGGCUUGGAAUGUUGUCCAUGGGUCAUAUUUUGAUUCCACAAAGUGAUCUUCGAUACAGUCAGCAGACAGAUGUGGGAGUAACCCACUUUAGGAGUGGAAUGAGUCACGAGGAGGACCAACUGAUUCCCAACCUUUAUCGUUAUAUACAGCCUUGGGAGAGCGAGUUCAUUGAUUCACAGCGUGUCUGGGCUGAAUAUGCAUUGAAAAGACAGGAAGCACAGGCACAAAACAGACGUUUGACCCUCGAAGAUCUGGAAGAUUCAUGGGAUAGAGGUAUACCACGUAUUAACACACUGUUUCAGAAGGAUAGACACACUUUGGCUUAUGAUAAGGGAUGGAGGGUGCGCACUGAUUUCAAGCAGUACCAAGUUCUGAAACAAAACCCCUUCUGGUGGACACAUCAAAGGCAUGAUGGGAAGUUGUGGAACUUGAACAAUUACCGAACUGAUGUUAUUCAAGCCCUUGGAGGAGUUGAAGGAAUUCUUGAACAUACUUUAUUCAAAGGAACAUAUUUUCCAACUUGGGAAGGUCUUUUCUGGGAAAAGGCAUCUGGCUUUGAGGAAUCUAUGAAGUAUAAGAAGCUCACAAAUGCUCAGAGAUCUGGUCUGAACCAAAUACCCAACCGAAGAUUUACACUAUGGUGGUCGCCAACCAUUAACCGAGCCAAUGUUUAUGUGGGUUUCCAAGUGCAGCUAGAUCUGACUGGUAUUUUCAUGCAUGGAAAGAUACCAACUUUGAAGAUUUCCCUUAUUCAGAUAUUCCGAGCUCACUUGUGGCAGAAGAUCCAUGAGAGUGUUGUUAUGGAUCUCUGUCAGGUUUUGGAUCAAGAGUUGGAUGCUUUGGAGAUUGAAACUGUUCAGAAGGAAACGAUCCAUCCAAGGAAAAGUUACAAAAUGAACAGUUCUUGUGCUGAUAUUCUUCUCUUUGCUGCUCAUAGAUGGCCAAUGUCAAAGCCUAGUCUUGUAGCUGAAUCUAAGGAUGUUUUUGAUCAGAAGGCAAGCAAUAAGUACUGGAUUGAUGUUCAAUUACGAUGGGGUGAUUAUGACUCUCAUGAUAUUGAACGUUACACUAGGGCUAAGUUCAUGGACUAUACAACAGAUAACAUGUCCAUAUACCCAUCACCAACUGGUGUAAUGAUUGGCAUUGAUUUGGCAUAUAAUUUGCAUUCUGCAUUUGGCAACUGGUUCCCUGGGUCAAAGCCACUACUUCAACAGGCCAUGAACAAGAUCAUGAAGUCCAAUCCUGCACUGUAUGUGUUGAGGGAACGAAUAAGGAAAGGUUUGCAAUUGUACUCUUCUGAGCCCACAGAACCAUAUUUAUCUUCCCAAAACUAUGGAGAGAUAUUCAGCAACCAAAUCAUAUGGUUUGUUGAUGACACAAAUGUGUAUCGUGUUACUAUCCAUAAGACUUUUGAAGGAAAUCUUACAACCAAGCCCAUCAAUGGUGCUAUUUUUAUUUUCAAUCCGAGGACUGGACAGUUGUUUCUUAAGGUUAUUCAUACCAGUGUGUGGGCUGGUCAGAAGCGUCUUGGGCAGCUGGCAAAGUGGAAAACAGCAGAGGAAGUUGCUGCUCUAGUAAGAUCUUUGCCUGUAGAAGAACAGCCAAAGCAAAUCAUUGUUACUCGAAAAGGAAUGUUGGAUCCAUUGGAGGUUCAUCUGUUGGAUUUCCCCAACAUUGUUAUUAAAGGAAGUGAACUGCAACUUCCUUUCCAAGCAUGUUUGAAAAUUGAAAAAUUUGGGGAUUUAAUUUUGAAGGCCACAGAACCACAAAUGGUGUUGUUCAACAUCUAUGAUGACUGGCUGAAGAGUAUAUCUUCAUACACUGCAUUCUCUAGGCUUAUUCUGAUUCUGCGUGCACUUCAUGUGAAUAAUGAAAAGGCAAAAAUGUUACUGAAGCCCGAUAAAACCAUCAUCACCGAACCUCAUCACAUAUGGCCUUCUCUAAGUGAUGAUCAGUGGAUGAAGGUGGAGGUUGCGUUAAGAGAUCUUAUACUGUCAGAUUAUGCCAAGAAAAAUAACGUGAAUACUUCAGCCUUGACUCAAUCUGAAAUCCGUGAUAUUAUACUUGGAGCUGAGAUUACUCCACCUUCUCAACAGCGGCAACAAAUUGCAGAGAUUGAGAAACAGGCACAUGAAGCAAAUCAGGUGACAGCUGUAACGACAAAGACUACAAAUGUUCACGGUGAAGAACUCAUAGUAACUACCACUAGUCCUUAUGAGCAAGCUGCUUUUGGUUCUAAGACUGACUGGCGUGUCAGGGCAAUAUCUGCCACAAAUUUAUAUCUUCGUGUGAACCAUAUAUAUGUGAACUCUGAGGAUAUAAAGGAAACUGGUUACACCUAUAUUAUGCCAAAGAAUAUUUUGAAAAAGUUUAUAUGCAUAGCAGAUCUUCGAACGCAAAUUUCUGGUUACAUGUAUGGCAUAAGUCCUCCGGACAACCCUCAGGUUAAAGAAAUUCGCUGUAUUGUGAUGCCACCACAAUGGGGGACUCAUCAACAAGUUCAUUUGCCAUCGGCUCUUCCAGAACAUGAUUUCUUGAAUGAUUUAGAGCCUUUGGGAUGGAUGCAUACUCAACCAAAUGAACUUCCUCAGUUGUCGCCUCAGGAUCUCACUUCACAUGCCAAGAUCCUAGAGAACAAUAAGCAAUGGGAUGGGGAGAAAUGUAUUAUCUUGACUUGCAGCUUUACUCCUGGUUCUUGUUCUUUAACUGCAUAUAAGCUCACUCAAUCGGGUUAUGAAUGGGGGCGUGUUAAUAAGGAUACGGGAAGCAAUCCACAUGGUUACCUUCCCACUCAUUAUGAAAAAGUUCAAAUGCUUCUUAGUGAUCGUUUCCUUGGUUUCUACAUGGUUCCUGAUAAUGGUCCAUGGAAUUAUAACUUCAUGGGAGUGAGACACGCGUCCGGGAUGAAAUACGGAGUGAAGCUUGGGACUCCAAGGGAAUAUUACCACGAGGACCAUAGACCAACUCAUUUCUUAGAGUUCAGCAAUAUGGAGGAAGGGGAGACAAUUGCCGAGGGAGAUCGAGAGGAUACAUUCUCUUAAGAGAUAAAAAAAUAUUUUUUGUUAGAGAUAUAUACAGUGAGACACGUCAGAAUAUGUUGUAUUAUUAUUUGAUGUUUGUGCAUCCUACUGAUUCUAGGGGUUUUGUAAUAACGGUAUCCAUAGCUUUGUAAAUAGUUAACAAUUUAUCUCU